GGUUUUCGUCUGUUUCGAAUCUCUCGAGCAUGUGAGUCUAUUCAAAUCGGCCUGCCCGUUUCAUAACUGUUCCACGAACCGAGAAAAGACAGCUAUUAUAAUAUUGUAGCCUAUGUUUUGUUAAAUGCGCUGAGCUUAUGAGCCACAGCUUCAUUCGGUGUCAAUGCUUCAACCAUCACUUUCUAUGUCUGCAUCCUUCGAAUAGCCCAGGCAUAGGGAAGUUCAACAAUAGCAGAAACAUUGAAACUGAGGCCCAUGGUAAGCAUCGGCUGGAAUUGGCCCCUUUGCCGGCAAUUAAACUUGUCUGCUUUACAAUAACAAUUGGUGCUACUCACCCGAAAUCCUACUCGAUCCGGUCAGCAACUUGCCAGAAAUAUUUUGUCAAGCUUACCACAGCUUCUUUUUUUACUAAACUCUCACACUUGUUUGAGUCGUGUCAAGGAACCGAUGAUCAUUUGUUCAAUUCGCAUCACUUGAGAUAUCUUGACGCUGCAAGUUUUGGUCUAAGUACGAAGGAUUGGAUCAUCUUACGGCAGCGAGGCACGGAAAGAUGACGGAUAUUGUGGAGGCAAUGAAUGUAGCGAUGAUUACCCAAAUUUUGUUACAGAAUAUUGGUCUAAGAAAGACUCAGAAACUGGCACAGCAAAUCUAUAAAGAUGCGCUUUCAACACUUGUGUCGAAUCCAGUCCAAAAACAUUAUCCAACAACUUCAUUCCACAAAUAUCCAGAUACAACAAAACGCAAUACUUUACUUUAGUAUUCACACUUCUCUUUCUUCGGAAUCUAUCCAUCAUCAUGAAGAAUCUCAGCCUAAUUGCUUCAUUCCUCGCCCUUGCUGCGGCAACAUCUGCCAUUGGCACCUCUGACGCAGAUCUCGAAGUUCGCGCGGAUCCCGAUGAUCUUAUGAUCUUUGUGUGCAAUGACGGCUUAGACGAGAUAUGCACCAACAUGUGUUAUGGAGCUUUCUGUGCCGGAAUAGGUGACAGUUUGCAAUACGACAAACCUGACGCAUCCACAAAGCGUAACCGCCGUAAAGCUGCCGGUUGCAUCGCUUCAGGUGGUAACCGCUGCUCGGUCAAAAAGGGCCAUGCUUCCGGGUUUCAAUGCGAUGAAUAUCCAUUCGCAUCGUCAAUUCCCAGUAACGGUGCUACAACACGCCUCAAUCGUUGCGUACCGGCCGCUCAAAAUCGUAAGCAAGGCGGAAUUAUUAGCGCUUUUUACAAGAGCAGUUACUGCACGGGUAACAAUGGCGGAAAGUGUACAUUCACGGCCAAGUUUUCUAACUCUGGAGACAUUGGCUACUGUAACUCAGAAGAAUGUGACGCUGAUGACGAUAACGAGGUCAUUGGCCCUGGUGGUACAGCGAAUAAUGGCGACUCGGCUGAAGAUGGAACGGACGAUGAUCCAGAUGCAGGUCAGAAAAAGAAGAUGAAGAUCAAGAGGCGCAAUGGUCUCGGCAAGAGACUUCCUGGUGCACCUGUAUAUCGUACGAGCUCAGGCUUGGAGUUGGACAUCCCCGGCGGUGCUAUAAUAGGACAACGGGCUUUUGUUGUCUUGCCACGCAAUGCAACAAUAUGGGAUGAGCAAGCUCAAUUUGGAAACCCUGACCAAACGUCAGAGUUCCAUGGCGAUGAGGAUGAAGAUGAGGAUGAGGAGGAUUAUGACUAUAUGUUGGCGAACUUGGAGGUUAGAGAAGACACGAUUGUCGAGGAAAUUGUUCCAGCUGCCUGAAUUCAAGGAGAACUUUUUGUAUGACAACACUGUAGCUAGAGUCUGAGAAUGUUAUAGAAGUGUAGUACAGAAGAAGGACAAUCAAGCUUUCUUUAACGAUUUCACUGGACAACGUAACAAUCGCUUAAGUUUGAUAAAUCCGGGGAAACGGGCAUAGUCAAUUAGAGUUUAACAUGCGUAACAGAGUAAUUUGCAUCCAGAUGUUCGUCGAAAUACAUGAGAUAGGGAGUAGGCUUUGCUCACAACAUAUCGAUGAAGUUUCUUUGGAGAACCCUCAACAAUGGACUGUCGAAUAAAUGAGAUGAAGGUGUCUCAAGGAGGUUGAAAUCAUAAAGGUCAGGCCA